AUGAAAAACUUCUAUUUCAGAGUUAUUACCAUAGUUAUAGGUGUUUUCUUUACUGGAACAAGAGAAAAUCCAUCAAGAAAAAGCAGUAUUUUAUUCAAUUCAGAGUACCAAAGUAAUAAAUAUCUCCUAACAAAUUGUUCUACUGGAAAGCAUGAGCUACCCAUGGACUCAUCACAGACAGCAGCCACAGUGAACGUAAGCUUCAGUUUCUUUAGAGUUCUCUUACAGUCUCACAUGAUAAAAGAAGAAUGGAAAAUAAAACAUCUGGACCUCCCUGAUUCUCUCAUAUGGAAAAUGACCUUGAGCCCUCUCACACAUUUACAUGCUUUGGAAAUACUCAACCUGAGCAACAGUGCCAUCCACUCCAUCUCGUUGGAUCUAUCCAGUCCUCACUCCUCACCAAAAAAACACCAGAGAAGCAGCUUCCAAAAUGAACUUCUCUUUCUAAAGGUGCUAAUUCUUCAAAGAAAUAAACUCACUGACACUCCCAAGGGUGAGUACAAUUUGAAAAGCUUACCUUCUUGAAGACUCUCGUUUAAUGGGAUAUUGCAGAUUGGGCUGUCUGAUUUUCAUAACUGCCUGCAACUGGAGAACCUUUAUUUAAAAAGCAACAAAAUAUUCAAAAUUCACCCAGAAGCUUUCAAGGACCUCAAAAAAUUACAGGUUGUAGACCUCAGCAACAAUGCUCUGACCACUGUCCUACCAAUGAUGAUCAUUGCUCUAGAAUUUCCCCAUCUGGAGGUUGACUUGACAGAUAAUCAAUGGCAGUGUGAUGAUAGAGUGACAUUCUUCCAAAGUUUCAUUUCUGAAUCCUGGAGGAGAAAAUGGAAUAUACUUUGCAAUAAGUCUGUAGGGAAUGAGAAAGCACAUUUGGAGAUUCCCAAAAGCAGAAUUUCCAGGGAGAUUCACCUUCCUCCCAUUGAUCUGAACCACAUGAAAAGCCUCAUAAGGAACAAAGCAGCGAGGCCCCAGGGAGGAGCGUCUGUGCGCUUUUCCACUCUGAGGAAGGAGGCCCACACCGGCUCUGAUCUCAGGGAGAUUCAGGGACAGCUGCCAAGAGUGGGCAGAAAUGCCAGGGAUGUUCAAGCUGCUGGCAGAAAGGAGGACGCUUCCCAGGACCUCGUCCUGGCCAUCUGCCUGUCUGUGUUCAUCACGUUCUUUGUGGCUUUCUGCCUGGGGGCUUUUACAAGACCUUAUGUUGACAGACUGUGGCAACAAAGAUGCUGGCACAAAAGCCCCGGUUCAGAUAAUGCCUAUUCAAAUGAGGGCUUCUAUGAUGAAAUCGAAGCUGCAGGGAGCACACAGCAUCCAAGGACCGAUCUGCACCAAGCUUUGCAUGUUCCAAAACUCUGUGAGAACCAGCACUUUUUUUUGGUGACAGAGCCAAGUCCACGUGCCACUGUCAUUCCUGACAGAACUCUGGGAAGCAGCAGAAAGGAACCUGGCAGUCUGCAGAGCACAGAACAAUGCAGGGCCAACACUGGGGAAGCAAGUAGAAAUGAUAACAUGUUUCCAAACAGCAGUGCAACCCAUUUCACUCUGUGCAGACAUCCAAACGCUCAUAAUGAUGAACUAAUUUCAGCAGCACAUGACCACAUCUAUAGGAAUGAUAUUCUCGGGGAAUUAAAUUAUGAAACUGUGGCCCAGGAAUAUUCUCCCAGUGAGCAUUCAAUGGGUGGCUCUGCCAUAGCUGGCACAUUAAGGACUUUCUCUGGCUCAACCCAUAAUCAUUUGAAUGAAUUAAACCCGUCACUCCCCAGAGAAGUGACAGCUUCUGAAUCCAAAAUGCUAACACAUGCAAAUGCACAGAGGACUGGAGAGAGUAAGGAAAUAAGGGGCCCUGAACAGUCACCUUUGGAAACUUCGGGUUUGCAAAUAGAAUUUUCUAAGGAAAUGCAAGUGAGCAAUUUCAUCAGUUUGCUGAGUGCACAGCAGCCAGGGAGCCAGGGGGCCAAAGCUGAGGAAGAGCAUUCAGAAAUCUACAGUGCAAGCACUUGUAUCGACCCAAGAGAUGCAGACCUGUCAGCCCUCAUGCCAAGAUGGGCUAGUGACCUCAGUGUCACUCCUGCUAAUGAGAAGCCAGUGCCCAAAAGUACACCGUUUGACACUCAGUAUGACUUGGAGACUGACUACGAUUCCGAUGAAGGAUCUUUGUUCACCCUCAGUUCAGAGGGUUCAGAGGUGAUAAGGGACAUGACUGAAGAAGAGCUGCACGGUGAAGAGAGCAGUGGGGCCACCAAGCCCCUGCAAGUUGAGAAUCCAGGGAUGCACAAGGACAGUGUGAUGUUAGUGGAAAGUCUUCAGGACAACAUCACCUUCCAAAAUAUUCUGGGGAAAUAUGAAACUCGGGAAGAUAAUUUUGAAAAUUCUCCCAUUUCUGGAUCAGACUCUGGUUUGCGCAAGACUUCUUUGGAAAGUGCCUCUAACAUCAACAUAUCUGAGGAUCCAUUAACCUGGCCCAGAUCCCUGGGUAACAGUCCUUCAAGAGCUGAGAUUCCGGACAUGUCCGCUUAUGAUUAUGACAUAGCUCUGCAGGAGACCCCAGAAUGGCAUUGCUCACUUAGAGACCUAGAAUUUUCAAACAUGGACAUUUUACCACAAACACCUCCACAUUCUGCUGAAGAUCCCUCAGAUACUGUUGAGAGAGCCUGCCAUGAAAAAGAUCUAGACACUUGUAGAUAUGAGCCUUUCGUUCAAGGAAUAGACACAGCUCAAAAAGAUUUUGCUCUCAAAAUUUCUACAGGGGAAAACUUAAAACUCUCACAACAAGAUUCCCAAGGGGGAGACCAGGAUUCCAACCAAAUGGACACUGAUGCAAAUAAGGGGCUUUAUGUCCAUUUGAGGACACAAAAUCCAGAAAAUUCAUAA